ACAGAACACAGUUGACCGAGCAAAGAAGUAAAACAUGUUGAGACUCCUCUCCCUCGCCUGCAUCAUUGUCUACGUUGCAGCUGAUAGCUAUUACCCUAAGUCUGGUGAUUAUUACCCUAAAAGUAACCACUUUGGAGGUUGCGGGCCAUAUGGGUGUACCUAUGGCGUCAACUCAGUAGGCCCCUACGGCACCUAUGGAGGAAUCAUCAGCUCCGGUAGCUUAGGAGGAGUCAACUCUGGAUUUGUUGGAACUGGAGGACUCAACAAUGGAUUGCUUGGAAUCGGAGGAGGAUCUGCUGCCGCUUCUGCUGCCGCCGCCGGAAAUGCCGCUGCUGCCGCCGCCGCUGCUGCCGCUGGACAAAAUGCCGCCGCCGCCUCAGCUGCCGCUGCCGGUAACUCUGCUGCCGCCUCUGCUGCUGCCGCUUCUGGAUCUGGAGGAUUAAUUGCUCCAUUCAACUACUACCAGCCUGGAUACAACUACUUCCCAGGACAAAUCUACAACAACAUCUACAGCUCCCAGUACUAUCCCGACCACUACAACCAAUAUUACCAGUCUUUCCCCUACUACAGCAGUCCAUAUUUCGGUGUUGGAGGAGGAUCUGCCGCCGCUUCAGCUGCUGCCGCUGCUGGUAAUGCAGCCGCUGCUUCCUCUUCUGCCGCUAGUGGAUUCAACAAUUUCAAUAGAGGUUUCGGAGGAUUGAACAACAUUGUUGGUGGUGGACUGAGAAGAAUUGGAAGACGUAAUAAGGUUUAUUAAACAGAGCAGUCUGGUAUACUGAUGAAUAUCCCUUUUAUUUAUGUUUUUGGUUGUGCAAUAAAUACUUGUAAAAAUAUUUUUAAGCUUAUUUAGUCACUGGUGUUUUCGUUACGAAUAUCUUGUUGUGCUAAGACCGUUAAUACCAUC